CCCGAGACGAUCUUUGUCGCGACCCGCACAACAGCGCCCCCGCGUGUCCAGACGGCGCCACAGCCACUUAGCAUAUCCUGUUCCAGUGAGUCAGAGGAUGAAGGUGUCUGUCGGAUAGACGAUCUUCAGCGAGCGGCGCCUGAACUACACACAAGAACAGAAAAGGACAAAUAUCCAAGGAUGGACGGGUUUGCAGGGGACAUGCUGAGCGGUGGCCGGGCUCUCCUGGGCGAGGACAGCUCGGUGAUGGCGCGCAUGCAGAAGAAGUUCUGGAAGACCAAGCAGGUCCUCAUCAAAGCCACGGGCAAGAAGGAGGACGAGUAUGUGGUGGCGUCCGACGCUGACCUGGACGCCAAGCUCGAGUUCUUCCGUUCGGUUCAGUCCACGUGCACAGAGCUGCUGAAGGUGAUCGAGAAGUACCAGCACAGGAUCACACGCUUGUCUCAGGAGGAGAACGAGCUCGGCCUGUUCUUGCGCUUCCAGGCCGAACAUGAUCGCACCAAGGCGGGCAACAUGAUGGAUGUCACCAGCAAGGCCCUGUGCACCUCCGCCAAGCAGAGGAUGGCACUUUGCCCACCGCUGCAACGUUUGUACCAGGAAGUGGAGACAUUCCGGCGACGCGCCAUCGCAGACACACUGCUGACAGUCACUCGUAUGGAGAAAUCCCGCACAGAGUAUAGAGGAGCUCUGCUCUGGAUGAAAGACAUAUCCCAAGAACUGGACCCAGACACCUACAAACAGCUGGAAAAGUUCCGUAAGGUCCAAGCCCAGGUCAGAGGGUCGAAGAGCCAGUUUGAGAAGCUGAAGAAUGAUGUGUGUCAGAAGGUGGACAUGCUGGGAGCGAGUCGCUGCAACAUGCUUUCCCACUCCCUCUGUACCUACCAGACCACUCUGCUGCAUUUCUGGGAGAAGACAGCUCAAGCCAUGUCUGGAAUCCACGAGGCCUUUCAAGGACACGUACCAUACCAGUUCACCACACUCAAGGACCUGCGGGAUCCACUGGAGCAGCUAACAGAGUUAGAGAAACAGAUGGAUACAAGGGAGAAGACUGUGAAGAGCAACACAGACAGUCUGGUAUCCUUGGAUGACGACAAGCCAUUAGGAAGUGCCUCUGACAUAGGUGUGCAUGAUCUCAGCGGAAUGCCAGCGCCCCCUGAUGACGCCCUGAUGCUCAUGGCCUGUGAUCUAACACUACCACAGCUCUCGACCCCAACAAGUGUCCCACUCCAGCCCCAGCUCCUGCCUCCUCCUCAGGCUGGAGACCAGAAUGAACUCUGGGGCUUUGGAAGCCUCUCGCAGCUGCCGGCCUCCGGUGGUAGUCUGCUUUCGGACGGUCUUUCCUACCCUGCAGGGACGGGGCUGAGACCAGACGAGGACGACAGUGAGAGGGGGGACAUGGCUUUCCUCAAAGAUCUUCUUAGCCCAGGUCCAGGGGCCAGCGAUGAGUUCAGCCAAGAGUGGCAGGAUGCUUUUGGGAUGUUUGACCCUCCUACUGUCCCUCCUGCAGGGAUGGCGGCAACAAGCAGUGGGCAAGCAGCAUGUCCGCCCAGCCCCGCAGGCUUCCUGCCCUCCCAGCUGCUGGAUCACAGUCUGAGUGCCACAGGCUGGUCAACUCCACCUAUGUUUCAAGCUCCGCCCCUGCAGGCGUCUCCGAAUCAGAACCAAUCAGCUCAGUUGGCUCAAAGUUCAGCCGCUGAUG